AUGGCAAUCAGAAAGCGAUUUUCGACCAAGGCGAUCGGUAUCACAGUUCGCUAUCCAUCCUUUACAGCUCGAGUUAAGAUGUCUGAUAGAGAGUCACUAUUCGAGAAUAAGCCCAACGCUUUCGAGGGUGAGUCAUCGGACGGUCUGUUCGAUUCAAAAAGUGAGGCCGUUGUAAGCCUCGGUGCCGAGGACGGAGAAGACACCGAUGUCGAGAUACUUGGUAAAGGCCCAGCCUCCGUCCCUACCCACGACAUCGGUAAGGGGCUCAUGGUAAGGCAACCAGAGCCGUUGGUCGCGGUCUAUCGUGAUGGUAGCCAUUUUGGCAUAACCCAGCACGGUGAGUCCAGUGCUGGUCGUCAAUCAGAGGCCUCCACGUCUGGCCGUGGAGAGGCAGCUACCGAACCUUCUCCCCGCCCUAGGGUCUCCGUAGUGUAUCCUAGCAACCCUAGGGUACCCAUAGGCGUGCCGAAGGAGCAUCUAUUCGGCGUCGAUUACUUGGGGCCGAAUAAGAUAACCGAAUGGGAGAUCGCCAAGUACUGCACUAAGUAUUGCAUCCCGGAUUCGGUGAGGAUGAGGAUUCUAGGCCCUACCGAAUCCCUCAGCAAGCCGAAGGACGGCGAAGUCGUCUUUUUCACCGACGUCCUCCUGCAGGGGGUCCGGCUACCGUUGCAGCCUACCGUGCAGAAGAUCCAUGUCCAAAUAAGGUACGCUCCCGGACAGUACAACCCAAACUUCUGGGUGGCUCUGAUGGGGGUAGUAACGGCCUUCAGCAUUGCCGAGGAAAGGGAGCCUUCCUAUGAGCAGUUCUCGUACCUGUACAGCGUCACGAAAUCAAAGAGUGCCGAUCCCGGAGGUUGGGUACAGACAAACUGCCUCCGGGCUUCCGAGCGAGGCCACUUCGUGAGUGCCGUGCCGACUUCUCAGAAGUCCUGGAAGAAUCAGCAGGUUGACUUGCCGUUCGGCAAACUGAAGCAGCCGAGCCCUACGCAGUCUGAGAUUCGGCAGAUCGACAGGGUGAGGUUGAAGGUCACUGCUGUUGAAAGGGUGUACCCUCAAUUCCUCUUCACUGCGAACUUGGUCAUAGCCGAACUUGCCAAUCCUGCCGAGAGUAAUGACAGACGAGAGAAGGGCUCCAAGCGGCGCCUGAUGAUGGGCCUGCAAGGGAAAAAGGCGAAACGGUAUGCGGAGGCAGUGCCGAUUUUGUCGGCGGGGGUUGAUCCGGAAGAUCAAACCAUUGUCGAUCGCCUAAGGCAACUCAACAUCGAGACGGCGUCUAUUGGUGCAUCAGAAGUAGGCGGGGGCAGACUACCGACGCCACAUCCUCCACGACAGCCGGGGGAGGUGCCGAGGGUUACCCUUGCUGCCGAGGAUGAUGAGAACCCGGCGGAGCUAAUCACGAUUGCAUGUCCGUCGAAGGUAGUCCAGUUUUGCGAACCAUAUGAUCAUUGGUUCGCAAAUAGAGCUGUCCAAGAUCGAGGAGUUGCCGAAGAAGCUCAUACGGGAGGAAGCAUGGCGCACCUUCCGUUUCCAGGCCUCGGUAAGCUUCGAUGGACAUGUGGCUUGUGCAUGCGGUGGGCCAUCAAUGCUGUCGAGCGCGCCAUGAAGGCUUACGAGGAUGGUCGGGCCAAGGUUGCCGAGGCUGGCAAAGCUCUCCAAAACGACACUCAUCUCGUCAAGGAUAUGCAGGCUGCCAAACGGAGCUACCGUUUGUCAACAGAGUUCUCUAUCCUGCUGGACAAGGAAGUAGGCUCCGAGAUAGCGGAUCUGCUCUACAUAUUCAAAAGGCACAACCUUGGACGAAAGCUCAACCUUAACUUCAUUGCCGACCCUCCUCCCCUUCCGGAAGGCUUAACCGAAGAGAUGAUUGAAGACUACGAAGGGGAGGACGCUCCAGAUGAAGCCUUUGCCUCUGAGGGCCCUGCUCCCACCGAUGCUGCUGCCGCUGAGGGUAUCGAUGCCGAGGGCGAGGAAGCCACUGCCUGA